CCUCCUGGUUCAAAAUGGUGCUGCUUUUCUGCUAGAAAACUAAUUCAAUGCCAUAAAAACGUUGGAUGUUGUUUUCUUUUUGGCAUCUCUAUUGAUUCCAUUGGGUUUGGCUUGUGUAGGUAUCUUUCAGAUGUGUUGUGGGAAGCAAUAAAAUCAAAUCAAGUUCUUUCGCUGUACCAGGGACUGGGAACCAAGAAUCUACAAUCUUUUGUUUCUCAGUUUUUGUACUUCUAUGGGUAUAGCUACUUCAAAAGACUAUAUCUGGCAAAAACUGGGGCUAAAUCAAUUGGAACAAAAGCAAACCUCUUACUCGCUGCUGCUGCGGGAGCUUGCAAUGCCAUUUUAACUCAGCCCUUGGAUACAGCCUCCUCACGAAUGCAGACUAGUGCCUUCGGAAAAUCGAAAGGGCUUUUCCAGACCCUGACGGAGGGCAGUUGGAGUGAUGCAUUUGAUGGUCUUGGAGUUUCAUUGCUGCUGACUUCAAACCCUGCCAUUCAGUACACAGUAUUUGAUCAGCUAAAGCAGAACAUCCUCAGAGGAAAACAGAACAAAACAGAACAAGGUUCAUCUCCAGUAGUCCUUUCUGCUUUUACAGCCUUUGUAAUAGGUGCAAUUUCAAAAAGCAUUGCCACCGUUUUGACAUAUCCUGCAAUCAGGUGUAAGGUGAUGAUCCAAGCUGCACACGACAAUGAAACGAAAGAACAUCGUCCAAACGUCCGCCGAACAGUUCCGGGUGUUGUCCAUUCUAUAUGGAGAAAAGAAGGGAUACUAGGAUUUUUCAAGGGAUUGCAAGCACAGAUCUUGAAAACGGUACUUAGUUCAGCUCUGCUUUUGAUGAUAAAAGAGAAGAUCACUUCAAGUGCAUGGGUUUUAAUACUUGCAACCAGAAGGUAUCUAUUUCUUACUAAGCCUAGACUAAAGAGUAGCUGAAGGUGUCGAUAAAGGCCAAAAACCUGUGAAGAAGAAGGAGAUGAAGCAAUAACAUGGAAACAAUGCAAUCUUGUUGGUUUUUACCAGAAGAAAUUAAUAUAUCCUCUGUGGAGAGUUCCAUAUUUUAGGUUGAAAUGCAGGAUUUUUUUUAAGAGGGUUCUGUUCAAUAAUAGCAUGACCAUAGGUAAUGCCAUAAAUUUUGUACUCAAUUACUCUUUGUAACAUAGUUUGUAACCCUACCAUUUCAACAAUCAACAAUCAAGCUCUUAUUAAUAGACUUGAUCAUGUGCAA